GGAGAUGAGAGCGAGAAAGUGCCUUCCGAAAAGCAAUAUUUUAGUAGCAAUAAGCAGCUGGGGUGCGUGGGAAGGAAAAGAAAAGAGACAGAAACAAGGAAGAAAAUCGAAAAACAGAAAAGAAUUGAAAAGAAAAAGAAACGAAAUGAAUUGAAAGCAGCAAAAUAAAAGAUGAUACAGAAGAGAAGAACAAGUGUUGAUGCAGUUGCAGGCGGCGGCGGCCGUGGCGGUAGAAGAAGCGGAGGAAGAACAAGAAGUGAGAGACAGGCAAAUGCGUUUCUUGAGAUGCCAGUCGAUUCCGGCAGAAAAGGAACCUUCUCCGUACUCCUCCUUUUCCUCCUUUUGAUCCUCAUUCUUCCUAGCAUUUAAUUGCUUCAAUCUCUCUCCUCUUUUCUCUCUCUCUACAUACAGACUUCUGGUUCUUCAUCUGCUUUUGCUUUGCUCAUACGUCGUCGUAUUGCACUCUUCAUCUCGUCCUAUGCUGCCGUUUGCUUCCAUAUCUCUUGGAUUUCUUAUGCUUUUUCAUUCUGCUUGGACUCGUGGACUUGCAGCUGCUCCUAUUGAAUCGCCAGGAUACGCUCCAAUCGAUCGCCGGAUGCAUUCUUGAAGACUCUGAAAUCGAUUUUGUGCAUCGUGAGCCGUCUGAUUUCCUCCUGUGAUAUUGUUUUGUGUGAUUCUUGGAGGAGGAAGAGGAGGAGGAUGAUUUGCCUUCUGUUUUCGUUCCAAAUUUUUGCAAAAAGAGGAAAUAAGAGAAAAGGGAAACAAAAUCAUAUAAAAAGAAAGAAAAUAAAUACCUUUUAUUCCAAUUCACCCACCAUUUUUAUUGUGGGGGAUUUUAUUUUUAUUUGUUGAUUAUACUGAAAUUUAGAAGAAGAAAAAGAAUUUAGCUUUGAGGAGGAGGAGGAGGAGGAAGAGCUGCGGCUUCCUUGUUCUUUGUUGGGUUGUUGCCAUUCUAUGGGAAUACCUGAUCGUUCACUACUAGAUCUAAUAUACAAAGUCAGGUCUUGGAUUUCUGGAGGAUCGAGCGUUUUGCGGGUUUUGUCUUGUGAGUUUGAUAUGCCUAGUAACGGUUGCAAGAUGUGUUGUGAUUGCAAUACAAACACCACCGGUAUUGGUCCUAGAUAUCACUGCCAGAGCUGUGGCAGAUGGAUUUGUGGAAAGUGUAUUCAGGGCUCUGAGUGGGAUGGCAUCGAGAUCAGUGGUGAGGUUGGAGAGAGUGGUAUUAAGUUCUGCAAGUUUUGUUCGUUGGCUAGAUUAAGGAAGGAAGGUGGAAGGAAGAAUAGUGAGAAAGUGCAUCCGUCUGCCUCUCCCCGAGAAAGCCCUGAACCACCAUCCCCCUGCUGUAGUGGCGAAACAGUCAAGUGUUAUGCGGAUAAUGAUGAAUCCAUUCGCGGUGAUCAUUUCUCAAAGAUUUUAGAAGCCCAUGAUUGCGGUUAUUCACCCCAUGCUGAGAGGAGUAUGACCUCGUUUAGUUCUCACCCAUCUCCAAUAUCUGUUCGUCAGUCUAUUAGCAGGAGUGACGAGGAGGAGGCAGAGGAUUCUGGAAAGAACUUUGGCAGUCCUUUAAGUGAAUAUUGUGAUGACAAUUUGGACAUAGAUAUAAGUAGUGUUAGUUCUAGAAACGAGUUUUACAGUUCAAGGUCACUGGGAUCCAAUCAUUUUGAUUGCCCGUCUAGAAUUUAUUAUACUUCUAGUAGAGUUGGGCAUUCUGUACAGCAGGGACGGGAUGGAAUCCUUGUGUCUCAGAAUGAUGGUCCCUUUGGUCAACAGACUAUGGCCGUUUUAAAAAGGCCUGAGAGAGGGACUGAGGAUCCAGAUAUUACUGAUGAUUGCUCUGAUGACCCAUCAGUUAUCGGUAGUCAAUAUGAGAAGUCACACAGGCCACUGGAUUUUGAAAACAAUGGUCUCAUCUGGUAUCCCCCUCCGCCUGAUGAUGAGAAUGACGAGGCAGAGAGUAAUUUCUUUUCUUAUGAUGAUGAAGAUGAUGACGUUGGAGAUUCGGGUGCAGUGUUUUCAUCAAGCAGUAGCCUCUCGAGCAUGUUUCCUGCAAAGGAGAAACAAAAUGAGGGUAACAAGGAACCACUUAGAGCUGUGGUACAGGGGCAUUUUAGAGCUCUUGUAUCACAACUGUUACAAGGUGAGGGUUUCAUUGGUAAAGGGGAUGGAGAUGAGGACUGGCUUGACAUAGUUACAACAAUUGCGUGGCAAGCGGCAAAGUUUGUUAAACCAGAUACUAGCAGGGGAGGCAGUAUGGAUCCUGGUGAUUAUGUGAAAGUUAAAUGUGUUGCAUCAGGAAGUCCAAGUGACAGUACCCUUAUAAAAGGAGUAGUUUGUACAAAGAAUAUAAGGCACAAGCGCAUGACCUCACAGUACAAAAAUCCUAAAUUACUUAUUUUAGGGGGAGCACUUGAGUAUCAGAAAAUUCCAAACCAGUUGGCAUCUUUUGACACAUUGCUACAUCAGGAAAACGAUCAUCUUAGGAUGAUUAUCUCAAAGAUAGAGGCUCUUCGCCCCAAUGUUCUGCUGGUAGAGAAAAGUGUAUCUUCGUAUGCUCAGGACUGCCUGCUGGAAAAGGAAAUAUCAUUAGUAUUGAAUGUCAAAAGGCCAGUAUUGGAGCGCAUAGCCCAGUGUACUGGUGCACUUAUUACUCCAUCAAUUGACGAUAUCCCUAAGACCCGUUUGGGACAUUGUGAAUUGUUCCGGUUAGAAAAAAUUACUGAACAGCAUGAGCCCGCCAAUCAGUUUAACAAGAAACCACUGAAAACCCUGAUGUUUUUUGAAGGGUGUCCAAGGCGUCUUUGCUGCACUGUUCUGCUGAAGGGUGUGUGUGUUGAAGAACUAAAGAAGAUCAAGCAUGUUGUCCAGUAUGCAGUUUUUGCAGCUUACCAUUUAUCCCUUGAAACAUCCUUCCUUGCUGAUGAGGGUGCUACUCUGCCCAAGACACCGCUGAGACACUCAAUUACCAUACCAGACAGGACAACAGCUGAUGCAAUUUCAGUAGUCCCUAAUUCUCUUGCUUUGAACAAUUCCCGGGCUGUAACUUUUGCUUCUGCUCAAGAUGAUAACAUUUUGGGUCUGAAGCCGGAAAUUGAAGGAUUAGAAUCUUUGCCUGGGCAUCUUGAUCCUGGACUUGAUUUACCUGUGUCUAAUGGUUCUGUUGACUGUGUGGUUGGAAACACAUCUUCUGAUGCUUACACUGAUGAUAUAGGAAAUAAUGUGUUUUUGGGAUCUUCUUAUCAAUACAAGGAUAUAAAUGGAGUCACUGUCCAUUCUUCUGAAACAAAAUAUGUCUCCCAACCAGAGUUGCAAGAAAGUUUGCCUCAUGACUGGAGUCAGCAUGAGGAUAAUGAGUUGACAAACUCUGAAAGGAUUGAUCACAACGAAGUUUCAAGCGAGUACUUCUCUUCUGCUGACACUCAUCAGAGCAUAUUGGUAUCCUUCUCAAGCCAUUGUGUACUGAAAGGAACUGUUUGUGAACGCUCCCGACUUCUGCGCAUAAAAUUCUAUGGUUGCUUUGAUAAACCACUGGGAAGAUAUCUUCGUGAUGACCUAUUUGAUCAGACGUCUUCGUGUCGAACUUGUAAAGAGCCAGCGGAGGCGCAUGUUCUAUGUUACACCCAUCAGCAAGGAAACCUUACCAUUAAUGUUAGACGCCUUCCUUCACUAAAGCUACCUGGGGAGAGAGAUGGUAAAAUAUGGAUGUGGCACCGGUGUUUAAGGUGUGCCCAUAUUGAUGGAGUUCCACCAGCAACAAGGAGAGUAGUAAUGUCAGAUGCUGCAUGGGGGCUUUCUUUUGGAAAGUUCUUGGAACUGAGCUUUUCAAACCAUGCAACUGCGAAUCGUGUUGCUACUUGUGGCCAUUCAUUACAACGGGAUUGUCUCCGUUACUAUGGGUUUGGGAGCAUGGUUGCGUCCUUCCGAUAUUCCCCAAUUGAUAUUCUUUCUGUCCAUUUGCCCCCUUCAGUGCUUGAAUUCAAUGGCCAAGUUCAACCAGAGUGGAUCAGACAAGAGGCAACAGAGCUUAUGGGAAAAAUGGAAACCAUAUAUGCAGAGGUUUCUGAUGCACUUGACUGCAUGGAGGAGAAAAAUAGAUCCUUUGGACAUCAAAUGUCAGGUACAAUUGAGUUACAGAACCACAUUAUGGAGCUGAAAGAUCUGCUUAAGAAGGAAAGAAACGACUACAUUGGUUUUCUGCAACCUGCUUUUGUGGAGACGUCAGAACCAGGCCAAAUGCCUGUUUCCGACAUUCUGGAGCUAAAUCGCUUGAGACGUUCUCUUUUAAUUGGUUCUCAUGUUUGGGAUCGCCAGCUUUAUUCAUUGGACUCGCUGCUUAAAAGGAAUCCUGUUUCCAUGGCUACUGAUGGGGUUGUAUCUUUUGCCCACCUGCAAGAGUUGAUAAGUGGUCCAUCUGGCAAGGAUGGCAGCCUUGACUAUGGCUCUGAAGAUAAUGUAUCUGAUUCUUCAAAAUUUCAAGUGCCUUCUGAAGACAUAUCAUGUCACUAUAGCCACUCAGAUAAGGAAAUUGUUGGUCAGACAUCCUGUGAAGGCUUGUCCUCCCUUAAAUCUACACUGUCCGAGAGAAUAGAUUCUGCAUGGACUGGAACAGAUCAACUUCUGGUGAAAGCUCAACCUCUUGAUGCAUCACAUUUGACAGAACUUCAAGCUGGUGCUGUCAUGCAUACUAGGCAAAGUGAUGAUCCUCCUUUUAAGAGGUUAAUGUCGCCAGUGAGAGUUCAGUCUUUUGAUUCUGUACUAAGAUUUAGGAAGGGAUUUUCCCCUUCUUCAUUGCAUUUGUCGACGCUUAGAUCAUUCCAUGCUUCUGGAGAUUAUAGGAGUAUGGUGAGAGAUCCUGUUUCUAGAGUCAGAAGGACUCUUUCCCAGGCAUUGCCUCUAGAGGCACAGAAGUUGGAUUCGAUACUCAAUUCCACACCCUCGUUUGUCUCCUCUGCAUCUCAAAUAGCUGAUGGGGUUCGGUUGCUGCUUUCCCAGACAAGCAACAAUGACAUAGUUGUUGGUGUUUAUGAUAGCGAGCCCACUAGCAUAAUCUCAUAUGCCCUUAGUUCCAAGGAUUAUGAUGAUUGGGUUGCUGAUAAUUUGAAUGAGCAUCAGGCAGGCUGGAGUAUUCGUGAAAGCUUAAAAGAAGAUUCUACGGCUUCUAUCUUUUCACCCUGGCAGUCUUUUGGCUCUAUGGACUUGGAUUAUAUCCCUUAUGGAUCUGAAGAUACUUCAGCUUCCAUGGGUAACCUGUUUGCCGAUGCCAAAAGAUCUCCACAUCUGAGGAUUUCUUUUGGGGACGAGUCCUCAAAUGGGGUAGGAAAAGUGAAAUUUUCUGUGACGUGUUAUUUUGCAGAGCAGUUUGACUCUCUUAGGAAAAAGUGCUGCCCCAGUGAAGUGGAUUUUGUACGAUCUUUGAGCCGCUGCAAGAGGUGGAGUGCACAGGGGGGAAAGAGCAAUGUGUAUUUUGCUAAAUCUCUGGAUGAUAGAUUCAUCAUAAAACAAGUCACAAAGACGGAAUUGGAAUCCUUUCAGGAAUUUGCACCUGAGUACUUUAAAUAUUUGACAGGUUCCCUUAGCUCAGGAAGCCCAACUUGUCUUGCCAAGGUUCUUGGUAUAUAUCAGGUCACUGUUAAACAUCUUAAAGGUGGGAAGGAAACUAAAAUGGAUUUGAUGGUGAUGGAGAACCUGUUCUUCAAAAGAAAUAUUUCAAGGGUAUAUGAUCUCAAGGGAUCUACUCGAUCCCGUUAUAAUUCUGAUACAACGGGGGGAGACAAAGUACUGUUAGAUAUGAAUCUGUUGGAAUCAUUACGUACACAACCCAUGUUUCUUGGAAGCAAAGCAAAGAGAAGCCUGGAAAGGGCUAUUUGGAAUGAUACGUCGUUUUUAGCGUCUGUCGAUGUAAUGGACUACUCACUGCUGGUUGGGGUGGACGAUGAGCGGAAGGAGCUGGUCUUGGGGAUCAUAGAUUUCAUGAGACAAUAUACAUGGGACAAGCAUUUGGAGACAUGGGUAAAGGCAUCCGGGAUACUUGGUGGUCCGAAGAAUGCUGCUCCGACUAUUAUUUCCCCCAAGCAAUACAAGAAACGAUUCAGGAAGGCGAUGACCACGUAUUUUCUCACCGUGCCGGAUCAAUUGUCGUCAUGAAACACAGCAUUCUUUUUUGUUCACAAAAGAUGUGUUCGCUAAUAAGUCCUGCAGGGGAAUUGUUACUUCUGAUAAAACGGAGAGGAGGGAAACCCCUCCAUCUUCUUCUUCUUCUUCCCCUUUCUUUUGUAUAUGGGGGCAGAGUUGAAUUAACCCAAAUGAGAUUUGUUACCCGCUGUAAUUGUGAAGUGUUGGUAACUCUUGUUAUUUUGUAUGUCGAAGUUACCAACAAUGUAGGAUUUUUACUAUUUAGCCAUGCGAUGUAAAAGUAGACAAAUGUAAAUUUAACUUUGAUACCAUGGAUUUCUGUCCACGUGCUUCAUCAGUAAAAUAUCAAAUUUUUAUCA